AUGGCUUCACUAUUCAGACCCCCAGAAUCUGCGAAAGGCAACCCAAAUUCUCCCAGACUCAAAUUGCCCCUCCUACGAAAUAACCAGCUAAAUGAAAGUAAUAUAUAUUCAACGUCGAAUGGGAGUUCCACAACGGCGUGUGGCCACACCCCGGAACCACUGACCUCUUCCACAUCGACACUUUUUUCUCAGACCCGACUUUAUCCUAGCGACUCAUCAGUGACUUUAAACACAAUGAAGAAGAGGCCUGCACCGCCAUCAUUACCUUCAUUAAGCACAAAUCCGCUAUAUAAGAACAAAACACUACCCCAACUCGUACCCAUUGCCGAUGUGCCUGACUCCAAGCAAGAUUUAGGGUUAAAACAGCAUGUGGUAGCAGCAAAUGAACUGCCAGGUAGUUAUGAGUUAACCCCUUCAUCAAUGACUAGUCCCUUUUCACAUACAAACACGUCUUCUCCCUACCUCAGAAAUGAUCUGAACAAUUCAGUGGGAUCUGACUUUUCAAAUUUGAUAUCGGCGUAUGAACGGAGUUCAAGUCCAAUCAAAUCGUUUUGCCAGCUUGAAUCACCUUCUGAAUCAUACAUCGACUUAAACAGUGUACGAGACGUUGACCAACUGGAUGAAAAUGGUUGGAAAUACGCAAAUUUAAAAGAUAGAAUUGAGACAUUAGGCAUCCUAGGAGAGGGGGCCGGUGGCUCUGUUUCCAAGUGUAAACUGAAAAAUGGAUCGAAAAUAUUCGCUUUAAAAGUGAUAAAUACAUUAAAUACAGAUCCCGAGUAUCAAAAACAAAUAUUCAGAGAAUUGCAGUUUAAUAGAAGUUUCCAGUCCGAAUAUAUUGUACGAUAUUAUGGAAUGUUUACUGAUGACGAAAACUCUUCAAUUUAUAUUGCCAUGGAGUACAUGGGCGGGCGAUCGUUGGAUGCUAUUUACAAAAAUUUGUUAAAACGUGGUGGUAGGAUCAGUGAGAAAGUCCUCGGGAAAAUAGCAGAAGCGGUACUAAGAGGACUAUCAUAUUUGCAUGAGAAAAAAGUUAUUCAUAGAGAUAUUAAACCACAGAAUAUUCUACUGAAUGAAAAUGGACACGUGAAGCUUUGUGAUUUUGGAGUCAGUGGAGAAGCCGUCAACUCGCUAGCCACAACAUUCACGGGAACCUCCUUCUAUAUGGCUCCAGAAAGAAUUCAAGGCCAACCGUAUAGCGUCACAUCUGAUGUAUGGUCACUUGGAUUGACGAUUUUGGAAGUGGCGAACGGGAAAUUUCCAUGCUCUUCUGAGAAGAUGGCAGCCAAUAUAGCUCCCUUUGAAUUGUUAAUGUGGAUUUUAACAUUCACGCCUGAAUUAAAGGAUGAACCCGAAUCCAAUAUCAUAUGGAGUCCAUCGUUCAAAUCUUUUAUCGAGUACUGCUUGAAAAAGGACAGUCGCGAACGGCCAUCUCCAAGGCAGAUGAUUAAUCAUCCCUGGAUAAAAGGGCAAAUGAAAAAAAAAGUCAAUAUGGAAAAAUUCGUGAAGAAGUGCUGGGAAGAUUAA